AUGGGGGAGGAGAACUGCACCUUUAUUACAGAGUUCAUUUUUCUCGGAUUAGCAGAUGCCCCUGAGCUGAGAGUCUUCCUCUUCUUGGUGUUCCUUCUCAUUUAUGGAAUCACGGUUCUGGGAAAUCUAGGCAUGAUUGCAUUGAUUCAGGUCAGCUCUCAACUCCACACUCCCAUGUACUUUUUCCUCAGCCACUUGUCCUUUGUGGAUUUUUGCUACUCCACGAUCAUCGUGCCAAAGAUGCUGUCCAAUAUCUUAAACAGGGACAAAGCCAUCUCUUUCCUGGAAUGCAUGGUACAAUUCUACUUGUUUUGUACCUAUGCAAUCACUGAGGUCUUCCUCCUGGCCGUGAUGGCUUAUGACCGCUUUGUGGCCAUCUGCAACCCACUGUUGUACAUGGUCACCAUGUCCCAGAAUCUCUGUAUGGAGCUGGUGUCUUGCUGCUACCUCUGUGGGAUGGUGUGUUCUCUGAUCCACUUGUGUUUAGCUCUUGAGAUCCCAUCCUAUAGAUCAAAUGUGAUUAACCACUUCUUUUGUGAUCUACCCCCUCUCUUAUUGCUUGCUUGCUCUGAUGUCUCUAUUAAUGAACUUAUGGUGUUCAUUGUGGCCACUGUCAAUGAGAUCAUCACUAUUGUGAUCAUCUUCACCUCCUACUUGCUGGUUCUCGUCACCAUCUUGAGGAUGCACUCUGCAGAGGGAAGGCGCAAAGCCUUUUCCACCUGUGCCUCCCAUCUGACAGCCAUCCUUGUCUUCCAUGGAACAAUUCUUUUCAUUUAUUGCCGGCCCAGUUCUGGCAACAGUGUGGAGACUGACAAAGUGGCCACGGUGUUCUACACCAUAGUGAUCCCCAUGCUGAACCCCUUCAUCUAUAGCCUGAGGAACAAGGAUGUGAAAGAAGCUCUCAAGAAAAUCCUUACCCUAAUCACAUCUGCAAACAACACCCUUCCCCCAAAUAAGGUGGCAUUUACAGUGAAUGCUGAGGUUGUUAUUAAUAUUGCCAUUAUUACUGUGCCACAACUUCAGAAGUCCAGGGGCACUGCAGAGAAUGGAGUUCGAGAACCGCGCUGUGAAGAUAGAGUUCUUUCUCUUGGGAUUUAG